AUGCAUUUGUCAAUUACAUUGAAUUCAACCCAAAGGACCAGCGGCUCAGGCUCAUCAUCAUUAACGUCCAAUCUAUGCCGACACUUCUUAUUGGAAGAGAUAAAAGCUGCAUCAGGAAAUUUUGAUGACAAUUUUGUGGUUGGACAUGGAGGUUUCAAUAAUGUGUACAAAGGGUACAUAGACAACGACGCAACCAUAGUUGUUGUCAAGAGAUUGAAUCCUUCGUCAAAGCCAGGGGUUUGCGAGUUUGAAACAGAGAUUCACAUGUUAUCAAAGUUAAGACAUCUGCAUUUGCUAUCCUUAAUUGGCUAUUGUGAUGAUAACAAUGAGAUGAUUUUGGUUUAUGAUUACAUGGCUCAUGGAACUCUCCGUGAUCACCUGUACAAAACUGAUAUAGAAUAUUGA